CCAGGUGUGGUACUGGUCCCACUGUCCACACAGUGCCCCCAUCAUGUGCCUAUGCUUAGGCAGGUCGGAAUGUACGUCGUACCUCUUUAGCCUGAUUGAAUUCGUUUUGGCUACAGUUACCAGGAAUGCAUCAGUACAUUGUGAUGUGUGAUAGUAAUAAUAAUGAAUAAUUUAUACAAUAUGCACUUUUUCCUUCAGAUGAUCCAUGCACAGAACGCAGCUAUCUCCCUGCAUUUCGACACGUCAGAUGAUGGUGACACAGCUAGCUCCGCUUGGUUUCAUUUUCAGGCCACGUCAACUCGGGUACAGAUAAUUUACAGUGGAAAGCCGUAAGUUGACGGCACUGCUCUGUUCUUGCUGGCAGUGGAAAAGCUCCAACUGUGGGCCCCAUCUCUGUCACCUGCUCCUGUCCAGCACACGUGUACGUCGAUAGGCUUGGUGUUGGUAAGGGAGGUGUUCUAAGCGCUGGGUGCUUGAGUAGCAGCAGGAGCAGACGGGGAGAUGGAGAUUAGUGUCUGAACGUCCCAGAUGGGUCGAUAACAUCGAACACCUGACAGGGGGCCCCGUACCGCGUAAAGCCAUAAAACUUAGCUGUUAGUUCUCGCUGGUGCCAUGUUUGCCUGGCGGGUAACACAGGGAGUCUAGGAGCUGAUUAGACGGGUCCCCAUGGCAACCUGUAAUUCAACCCCACUGCCCCUGUCAAUAAUGCUGCAAGUUUGGCGUGAUGUGUGAAUGGUUCGCAUGUGAGGCUUUAAUCGCAGUAUCAGGAAGGGAAGCCAACAAGCGUGCCUGUUGUACCUUGAACGCUAAAAGAACAGUGAUGACUCUUCACCUUGGGUCACUUUGGUCCCCAUACACUCCAUUGAAUACUGAAGUCCUGCAAUUCCCCAGUUUCUGCAGUGAUGCCUGUCAUUCACAGGUGGGAGUCCUUCUGUUUUGUCCGGUGUAUCUCGAGCAUUUAGCUCUGACUUCUUGCAGCUAACAUUUUGGUGUUUCCAAAGACAGACUGGAGAACGUGGCAAGGGGCUGAUCGCAUCUUGUCCAGGUGGUAGUUCAAUUUUAAAAUAUAGAUCAUUGAAACUAUUUUCCCUAGAUGUGAAGGUGUGGACAACUGUUUUUUCCUGGAUAAAGGAGGAUAAAAUAGCAGUUGGAGCCAGUUUGACAUUUGCAUUUAAAUAGCCUCUUAAAAGUGCACCAUAGAUAAUUUGCUGCAUGUGCGCAUUUUCAUUGGUUACUCUUUUCAGAAUAAAAUCUAAGCCAAAAGCUCUGGUAGUGAGAGAACUUUUAAUAUAAUCAGCCCACAGAUAAAUUUAAGUUUCAUUUUUGUACGUAUUGUAGAUAACGGAAAGCUAAAUGCCAUUAGUAAUGCAAUUUAUCGCAAAAAUGUAUUAGAACUUUAAGGAAAAUGUUGCUUCACUGGAAAACACAAAUGUGUAUUGUUUUGUUAAAUAAUAUUUAUUGGUCCCAGUACUUUGGAAUGGCCCUUGGGCCAAGUUUAAAUGCUCUUCCUAAUAGGUGAUGAAACUUUAGAGGACAGAUAACCUCCUCGGGGGGGCAGGAUGUGGCUUCCCAGAAGACAGAUGUGGAAUGAUUGUUCUUCAUUUAAAAACCAGGCCAGUUUCAUGUCACAAAAUGCAUCCUGUGCAUUUAAGCAUCAAUGUUGUUGUUUGUCCGAGUUCUUGUGAAACGUGUAGCUGUUCCCCUGUUGUUUAAAGCACUCUUUCUCAGUGCCUGUUGUAGGCACUUCUGGUGCCUGCGGGCUCAUACUUAAUUCUAUAAUGUGGAGUUGGGCCUGACUGCUCUCAGCCUGAUAUUAAAUUUAACUCGUGAACAUUCACGCAAUAUUCUCAGAAACUCCAUUGUAAGAGAGACGUCCUUUAAAUCCUUCAGUAGCGGUCCAUGAUUUUCACACGCAAAAUCCACAACGUGUAAUUCCCAAAGUGGAAGGAUGGUUUUCUCAGCAGCCCUUGCUUGUGCUUUGAUCAGAUGCCGUUACGUGAAAAUUUGUCCACCAGGUGCAAGUUUUGCGUGUGCAGAUUAGAGGCAGCGUAACAGUGACUGACUUCAUCAGAAUGCAGUCUCUUAAACCCAACUGUGAAAUAGACCGUUAAAACAGAUCACUUGUAAUCAAGCUGUCAGAUUGCUGUGGGUCCUUAAGACUGCCAAUGUCGUACAUAAAGCCAACGCAAAAAUAAAUCGCAACAUCUUGGCGUUAAAGCAUUUCCUGCGGCUUCUUGAGUCUUUUGGGGGCGGGAUCCACUAUGUCGGCAACCUGUUUUCUCUUGGUUGCUUGGAGCUGCAUUCUUGGGCAUCGGACUCUGGGCAUGGGCAGAAAAGGGAGUGUUGUCAAACAUUUCAUCCAUAACGGACAUGGGGGGGUUUGAUCCUGUGUGGCUGUUCAUUGUGGUGGGGGCGGUGAUGUUCAUUCUGGGCUUUGCUGGGUGCAUCGGCGCCCUGAGAGAAAACACAGUCCUGCUGAAAUUUUUUUCUGUAUUUUUAGGGCUUAUUUUUUUCCUGGAGCUGACUGCUGGGAUCCUAGCAUUUGUUUUCAAGGACUGGAUUAAAGAACAGCUUAAUUUUUUCAUUAACAACAACGUCAAAGCGUAUCGUGAUGAUAUUGACCUCCAGAACCUCAUAGACUUCGCCCAAGAAUAUUGGUCAUGUUGUGGUGCACACGGCCCCAACGACUGGAACCUCAACAUGUACUUCAACUGCACAGAGCUGAACCCCAGCAGGGAGCGAUGUGGAGUCCCCUUCUCCUGCUGCGUCAAGGACCCGGCGGAGGAUGUUCUUAACACGCAGUGUGGCUACGACGUCCGCCUUCAGGGGGAACUUGACCAGCAGAGAUAUAUUUACACCAAGGGCUGUGUGGGUCAGUUUGAGAAGUGGCUUCAGGACAAUCUGAUCGUUGUGGCUGGGAUUUUUGUCGGAAUUGCACUAUUACAGAUAUUUGGAAUCUGCUUGGCUCAAAACCUGGUCAGUGACGUCAGAGCGGUAAAAGCUAAUUGGUGACGUUGAGCUAACAAGGAGAGCCACCUGCACACCCAGCCGGGCCCCUGUCAGGUGACACAAACCUGGACUGAAGCAUGGAACGGCACCAGCAAGGGGUCUUGGACAAUGGGAGCGUCUAUUGAUGGACUGAUGUUAGCUGAUUGUAGAGGUUGUUGGCUUCUGCUUUGGUUAGCCCUCCUCUGUUUCGGUGCUUCGUCAAAUGAUUUAGUCACGGCAUCGCAGAACCCUCACCCUGGGAGAAGCUCAUACCAUUGUAAUAUGAUGUUCUGCUGAGGUGGGGAGUGGACGUUGUGGUUUUUUGGUGUCUUGUGAUAUCCUUUAAUAUUUUAUAAAGAGUUGAGCAACAGCACACAGCAGCUUUAGAGGUGAAGCCACCGUCUUGCAUUCCGCGGACUUUUGCAUCCAGCCACGGACUGAACCAUCUUCGCGAUGUCGUCAGAUCCAACCUUCUGAGAUCACCCCCCAUCAAUAUCUGUUCAGUUUUUUUGUUUUUUUUUUUAUUUGGACCGAACCCCAUGUCUGUCAGCUCUCCGGAAGAUUAAAAAGCUCAGAAAGGCUGCAUUCUUCUGAAUGGACCUGAGGCUGAAUAACCCUUAAAGAUAUGAACCAUGGACCAGUCAGCAAGUGAUGUGCUGCUCAGAAUUUCAGGCAUCUCUCCUAUAACCGUGAAUAGCAGCGGUUCUUAGUGCUGCUGGGAAAUAGUUUGAAACAAAAUGAACCGUCACAGAAUGAAGGUGGACUUCAAGAUAUAUAUAAAUUAGUAUUUUUAUUCCUUUUUUGGUCGAAGACUAGAACUAGUAAUUACUGUUUAUCCCUUUUUAAGGAGUUGCAGCACUUUGCAAGGGUCUCACUCUCAGUGACACCCUUUGAAUGGGAACUGCCGUGACAACCUGUAAUUUCGGGCAGAUUUGGUAAGAGCUCUGCCGUAAUGGCUGCCCGAACGUGGCCUAUUUUCUGCAAGCACAAGUGCCCUGUUCUGGUCCAGCUUCGGGGGCCGACUGACAAGCCAGGCACCAUUCGACGUGCCAUCGCUGCUUAGAAAGAUUACAUUCUGGCCACCUUUUUUAAUUUUUAAUGGAAUCUUUGAUCUCGUUUAAGGUUUCAACGACCGAAAGUUAACCGAGUCACUAGAGCCACUGGCCUUUUUUAAAGAAUGUAACAGGAUGUCUAUGCUUGUGCUUCCCGUUAAACGCCUUGGUCCUCCUUUCACACUACAUGGAGGAUGGGUAAUGAGGCCUCAUCCUCCUAACCUCCUAGAGUUUUAUCCAAUGCUUCAUAAUAUGAGGCCAUCCAUAGGACCAGUAACCAUGGCAACAUUUCGCCUGUCACAGUCAGCAGUCUAUGUUCAGUCCUCGUGUUACUUCAUAUGCAGUAUACCAGCUUGCUGGGACCCCGCAAUCUCUUUGAGUGGCCUCCCCAUUUAAGAGGAUAGCCCAGUACCUUUAGGCCAAUAACUCCUCCCCCUUUGGUAAAGUGGUUUAUAUUAAAUUUGUAAAUGAGAAUUGGGGGGGGGGGUAGGAAGGAUCCUGAUGAUAACUUUCCAACUGUGGAUGGAAUUUGGGCUUAAAUGUUGUAGCAUUAACACUUAUGCAAAGCCACUGACUGUCUGGAGCCCAUUCCUGUCUGGAUUUCAUUUUUAUUUUUAUGAGUACACCCCAUGGCAGUAGAUUGUGUAUAUAAUUGUGACAGAGCUCCUAUUAGACAUGAGAGAUAGUAAUUUAAAAUACUUUUUAUUCUGUAAUUUUGUGUUUUGUUUACAUGACUCGCAGAGGUGUCCUUGAAUCAGCCCACGGAUGGUUUCCUCUUUGAGAAGGCCCAUUGACCCCGUCUGUCUUUUGAUUUCCUCACAAGAUGUUGCGCAUUCUGCAGGGAGGAAGCUCAAAGCAGGAGAAUGGCUUUUCCGUUCUCGUCUGUUAUGAAUGUAUAAUUAUGUACCAUAACUAUGCUUCCCUGUUUUCAUACACAUUCCACAAAAUAAAAAUUCCCUUUCAGCACAGUACCCCUUGACCUAGGGAAUAGAAAUCUGGUUGUUUGCCUGCUUUCCUUAGAAUUCGUCUCAUGUGACCAUAGAAUUGGUACCAGUGCCGUUUUGUCUAACUUAACAAAUUUAUUUUUGUAUAGCACAUUAUCACAACAUUACAUCGUCCCAAAGCGCUUUACAGCAUCCCCACCCGAAGCCCCCAGUGAAUAAGCCAUAGCCGACAUAAGCAAGCAUUGUCACCCCCCUCUUCGCUGAUUGCCGUCUUUGAAACCUACAAAAAUGUAGGGAUGUAGUUAAAAACCACUGAAUGCUUUACAGUGAUGCUGAUGGAUACAGUCUCCCACCCCCCGUUGGUGGAUUAUUUUGUCAGUGUUUUUUUUUCUUUUUCAUUUUACUGUUCAAUAUCUUUAGCUGGGGGUACAAUCACAAGCUAAUUUGGGAGGUAUCCCCUGUUUUAAUCAUUACCCCCCCCCCUUAGGAUAUUGAUGACAAUACAACUCUUUCCUCUUGAGUUAUAUGUCAGGUCCUCUAAUUGUCAGUAAAUAUACACCUUUAAAUACCCACAGAAAGCUUAAAAUGGAAUUGGUUAGGCCCAUAUGCUUUUUUUUAUUCCAUAUAGCAAAAAAUUAAGAGGAAAACAGAUGGAAAAAUGUAUAUCGCUGAAGAUGCAUUUUUUUCUACCUCAUUUUCAAAAAUGUUGAGGCAGGUCUACAUUGUUUCUGUUGCCUUUCAUGCUUCAUUGCUUGUUAUUAAUAUUCCAGAGUGGCACCAAUUUUAGUCCCUCUGGUGGAAUCGCCGUCCCAACAUAUGAACACAUUGCCUGUGUCUUGUCAGGGUCUUCAUUUUGCUAUGCAAAUUGAAGUUUCAGACACAUAAGAAAAUGGGAAUUAAAUAUUUAUCUCACCAAACAACAAAUAGUGGGGACAUUUCUUUUUCUUAUUUCUGGGUCUAUUACUGCAGCAGAAAACCAAUCCUUUGCUCACAGUUGAAGUUAAGGUCAUUUCCUGGUAAGGACCGUCAUAAAGCACGUGCCCUGCUCUCCUGGUGACUUGAGAAUCGCAUUGCAAAUUCAUAAGGCUUCACAGACGUGGAUCAUAUAUGAAUAUUUUAUGUCACAGUUUUAAAUUGUACUGUAACAAUUCCUAAUAUGAAACUUAUUAACAGUGCACCUCAUUGACCAUUAUGGUUUAUAGUAACUAUAACAAUUUUUGUUGUAUUUAUAACUUAAAGUAUAUGGUGGAGGCCAUGUACUCUAAGGCUGCUAUAGCCUUCUGACAUUCCACUAAUUCUACAGAGAUCCUAAGACUAUAAGCUCUUGGUAUCUUACAAAACACUACAGAUUGAUUGUUGUGUAUUUCACUCCCCCUCAUUUGUGUCGGCAAGGACGGCACUUUUAGUGGUAUGUGGGCAUUGUGUGGUUAAUCUGCGCUGGCAUUUACAUUUUCAAGUAAUUUGUAAAUCAUUGUUUCUUUUAAAGCUGAAUUGGUCUUUCACUUCAGCUUGAUGGUUUAGUACCCUGUUCUUUUCUAAACCUCAGACACAAAUAAUGACAUGUUAACACUGCAAAUUUACUUCUCUGAGUCGUUAUAUAAUUACAUACGUGUGUUUUAGUAUGGGAUAGUUAUCACCAAAAAUAGCAGCUCUUACACCUCUUGUACUUUCUUACUAAUCCACAUUUAAAAUUCUUUAAUUUUUAAGUUUUCAAAAAACAUUUCUACCCCAUUCAUGGUGGGUGGUGGUACCCCAGCAAAUUCUGUACAUUUUUGUCUUUUAGGUGAUUUGUAUAUAUAUUUUUUAAUCGGGACAACAGAAUACACAGAAAUAUUAGUUUUAGAAAUGAACUACCAUUCUAUUAGUCUGCAUUGUUUCCUUUAUUUUAAACGGCUUCUUUGAAAGGUUAGAAUUGUGUAGAAACGAUGAAAUUGGUUUGAUUGUUGCAUAUGGUCUGUUACACUGUAUAUUGUCUUACAAAUAUGCUUUUUCAUAAAUAAAAUGAUUUAUGACAAGAA